AUGGUGGACCCCGCCAACAGAGGCUCUCCCGCUGUGUUUGUGCUCCUGGGCUUCUUAGCCCACCCAUCGCUGGAGCCAGCCCUCUUCGAGGUUGUGGCGGGGUUCUAUGGGGUGUCCAUCAUGGGCAACGCAGUUAUCACGCUGGUCUCCUGUGGGGACGUGUGUUUCCAAACACCCAUGUACUUUUUCCUCACCAAUCUGUCCUUCCUGGACAUGAGUUUCACCACGAGCAUCGUCCACCAGCUCCUGAUCAACCUCUGCGGGCUCCGGAAGACCAUCAGCUACGGGGGCUGCGAGGCCCAGUUCUACAUCUCACACUGGUUGGGUGCCACCAAGUGCGUCCUGCUGGCUGUCAUGUCCUACGACCACUGCGCGGCCGUUUGCAGAUCCCUGCAUGAUGCGGCCCUCAUGAGCCCCCAGCUCUGCGUGGGUUUGGCCUGCCUCUCCUGGCUGGGUGGCCUCAGCACCAGCCUGGUGGGCUCUACACUCACCGUGCUGCUACCGCUGUGUGGGAACAACUGCAUCGACCAUUUCUUCUACGAGAUGCCCCUCAUCAUGCAGCUGGCCUGCGUGGACACCAGCCUGCACGAGCUGGAGAUGUACCUGGCCAGCUUCGUUUUUGUGGUGCUGCCCCUGGGGCUGAUCCUCACAUCCUACGGUCACAGGGCCGUGGUGAGGAUGAGGUCGGCCAAGGGGAUCAGGUAGGCCUUAAACACCUGCUCUGCCCACGUGGCCAUGGUGGCCCUGUUUUAUGGCAGCAUCGUCUUCAUGUACCUGCUGUGGGCCAGGAGCGGCUCCCAUGAGCAGGGCAAGUUAGUGGCGCUUCCCGCGCUCAACCUGCUCAUCUAGUCCCUGAGGAACAGGAACAUGAAAGGGGCGCUGGGCCGCCUGGCACUAGGGACCUGCCACACCAUGGGGGCCCAAAAAUAG